AUGAAUCAGUUACGUACUGUCGUCAAUCUAAAAACGACUACAAUUCAGUCUGCUACUGCUUUCAUCAGUGGUAUUGGUUAUUAUCAUUUAUAUAUAGAAGGUCAAUUGAUUGAUCCAUCACGACGCCUAGACGUCGGAUGGACUACAUAUCAACAACGUACACUCUAUGCCUCGUAUGAUCUCACUAAAGUAAUAAACACUACUACGGGACGGAUUGGUAUCGGAAUCAUAUUGGGACAAGGCUGGUAUAAUCGACAACAGUGGGAAAUUUCACUCGGUGCACGCACUGUACUCGCCGAGCAUUAUGGUCCACCUCGUGCAUUGAUGCAAUUGAAUAUUCACUAUGUCGAUGGUUCUGUUCAGUCGAUUGUCACCGAUUCUUCAUGGUUAGGUCGAGAAGGCGAACAUCGCUUUGAUUCCGUAUACAUGGGCACAACGAUGGAUCUUCGAGCAACACUUCCUUGUUGGUCAUGUGCCAAUUUCACUAAGUCUAACUCAUUGUGGAUCAAUGCUUCUACCUUGCCAUCACCGGUAAACUUCACAGCUGGUGGUCAAUUCUCACUGCAAACUAUGGAUCCUAUUCGUAUUGGUCCCAAUGCACUGCAUGUUGCCACUUCAGGUCACUCAGGUCUCCUCGCCGGAGUUCAAGGUGCUAGUCUUACUGAUAGCGGUGUACUCAAGCCUAUCUCCCAAGAUUUCGUCAAUGGUCAAAUAUUCGAUCUUGGUCAAAAUUUCGCUGGUUGGUGUAAAUUAUCCUCACUGGAUGCCACGAAAUCUACCAUUAUUCAAUUACGUUAUGCAGAACUACGAUACUCGCGUGGUGCAAAUGGCAUUGAUUUUGCUGGAUUGUACUAUGAAAAUUUGGAUAGUAUUGCUGUUAUGGACACCGUAAUCUUGAAUGGAACAGGCAAUGAAACAUUCGAGCCUCUAUUUACUAGCCAUGGUUUUCGCUAUUUAUUAGAUGAUAUUGACAAGGCAGUGGAAGCCGCUCGAAAAGCUUUUCGCAUUGAUUCACCAUGGCGAAAAUUGGAACCAUCUGCACGUGGAAAUUUAAUGCGCAAAUUUGCUGAACUACUUCGCCGUGAUAUUGUAUACCUUGCGCAAUUGGAAACACUUAAUAACGGUAAACCAUUAGCAAACAGUGCAGCUAAAUCAAAUCUAAAACGAGUAACACUUGAACUUGGUGGCAAAUCUCCAUUGAUCAUUUGUGAAGAUGCUGAUGUUGAUUUUGCUGUUUAUGUCGCUCACGAAGCAAUCUUUCAUAAUGCAGCACAAAAUUGUAUUGCUGCAUCGCGUACAUUUGUGCAUGCGAAAAUCUAUGAUGAAUUCAUAAAAAAAAGUGUUGCACUUGCUAAAAAACGGAUCGUCGGUGAUCCAUUCGAUGCAAAUACACAACAAGGCCCACAGAUCAACAAAGAUCAAUUCCAAAAGAUUCUCAAUUAUGUUGAGUUAGGCAAAAAAGCAGGUGCUAAACUAGAAUGUGGUGGCGAAAAAAUCAAUGAUAAGGGUUAUUUUAUUAAACCGACAGUGUUCAGUAGUGUCACGGACGAUAUGAAAAUUGCACGUGAAGAGAUAUUCGGACCAGUCAUGUGCGUACUCAAGUUUGAUUCGUACGAUGAAGUGAUUGAACGAGCUAAUGCAACAAACUUUGGUCUAGUUGCUGGUGUCAUUACGAAAGAUUUAACACGUGCCCUGAAAUUUGUCCAAGAACUGCAAGCAGGCUCCGUGUGGGUAAAUACCUAUGCGGCAAUGAAGUUUCAGGCUCCAUUUGGUGGUUUCAAACAAUCAGGAAUCGGCCGCGAAUUAGGUAAAUAUGGCCUUGAACCUUAUUAUGAAAUUACUACAAUGGUUCUUCAUUUAUAUAUCGACUGGUUAUCUCAACCUUGUCGUGCCGUUGCUAUAUUACUGAUGGAGAAUAAUAUUGAACAUCAAGUUCAUGAAAUCAGCAUCAUGAAAGGAGAAACACAAAGCACUGAAUAUAAACAGGUGAAUCCAGCUGGAAAAGUUCCAUCGAUUGUUGAUGAUGAUUUUCAUUUGGGCGAAUCUCAUACAAUAAUGCGCUAUAUAUGUGCAAGCAGGAAAAUACCUGAUCAUUAUUUUCCAAAUGAUAUUAAACAACGUGCUAGAGUCGAUUAUUGGUUGGACUGGCAUCACAUGAACUUACGUCAUGGAUCAGUGCGUCUAAUAAGAGCAAAUAUAUUUGCUCCUAUUAGAAAAUAUUCACAACAAACAAUCGAUGAAUUACGAAAAGAAGGUAACGACGUGUUAAAAUCAAGUUUAAGCUUUAUGGAUGAAGUCUUGAGUAAAAAUAACUAUAUUGCUGGUGGAAAUCAAUUUUC